CAGUUAAUUACCUCUCUACUAUAAGCUCAAUUCCUCUCUCGCUCCCCUUUCAUCACUUCUCUCUUUUGUCUUUGCUUUUGUGGAAAACAACAUUAGGCCCAGCCGGAAACAAUGGCGGUCACGGUCACGGUCACACAACAACAACAACAACAACCACAACAACCACAAGCGAGCGUGGCCCCGAGCAAGCCCAAGGCCGGGAUGGUGCCCCCGCGGAGGCUGACCAAGGAGGAGCUGAUCAAUACGCACAAUGCGCACCUCAAGCAGCAAAAGAGCUCGCCCAACGCGCCGCGGGCGGUGAAGCAGCCCGUCAUGUCGGAGGCGUACCCGGCGUCGACAAAGUCGAUUCGGGAGCUGGAAAUUAUCCCACUGAGCGAGCUCCGCGCCGAGACGCACCACCGCGGCAAGGGCAUCAUCGUCAAGCUGGUCAGCGCGCCGUACGUCGGGGCCGGGGCGGUAAGCAUCGCCGAGGACGAGUUCGGCAACGCGGUCCGGCUGGCCAUCUACAACCAGCCCGACUCGUCCAUCCUGUCGGGCGCCCCCGAGGGCUGCGUCGUGGCCGUCAAGGAGCCCUACUACCGGAGCAACGGGGCGCCCGACGACUUCAUCGUCUGCGUCGACCACCCGUCCGACGUCGUCCUGCUGCGCUUCGCCGACCCCAUCAUCCCGGAGCCGCUCCGGCUCGGCCCGCUGCUCAAGACGGCCGAGGAGUGGAGGAACGCGGGCGACCGGGCCUUUAUCGAGAAGGACUUUCCCACCUCGGUCUUCUGUUACGGCGAGGCGCUGCAGGUGUCGGAGGAUGAGGGCUUCCGACAUGCCGUGUACGCGAAGCGGGCCAACAUCAACCUGAUCCUGGGGCGGUACGACGCGGCCAAGGCGGACGCGCUGGCCUCGCGGACGGGGACGUCGGCGCGGGACUGGCGGGCGUACUACAACGCCGGGCGGGCGGCGUACGGGCUGUGCGAGUACCGCGAGAGCGAAGAGCUGCUGAGCCGGGCGCUGGAGAUGGCCGAACCGGGGUCCCAGCACGAGAAGGUCUUGAGGGAACUCGAGCGGUGCCGGGCACGGCUGCGCGAGGAGGCGACGGGCGAGUACGACUUCGCGGCGAUGCGGGCGUCGCUGGGGCCCCGGUCGGUGCACAUGGACCGCGGCUCGUUCCUGGCCAACACGCGCGUGGGCGAGUCGGCGCGGCACGGGGGCGGGCGGGGGCUGUUCGCGACGCGCGACCUCGCGGCGGGCGAGCUGGUCAUGGUCGAGAAGGCGACCCUGAUGCCGAACCAGUACGAGCCAUCGCGCGCGUCGGCCGCCCUCUACGCCCUCAUGGUUCGCCAGCUGUGCGACAAUCCGUCCCUGGCCGGGCCGGUGCUGGGCCUGUACGACGGCGGGUAUGCCCGCACGGGGGCCGAAGGCACCCUGGUCGACGGCGUCCCCGUCGUCGACGUCUUCCUGGUCGAGUCGAUCCGGACCAAGAACUGCUUCAGCGGGCCUCGGUCCACCGUCGACGACACCCGCCCGGGGGGCGGUGCCGGGCACGUCCUGCCCGACGGCAGCCCGGCCCGCCGCGGCAUGGCCAAGGGCCUCUGGGUGCACUCCAGCCGCGUCAACCACAGCUGCGUGCCCAACACGAUGCGGUCCUUCGUCGGCGACAUGCUCAUCAGCCGGGCCGCGCGCGACAUCAAGGCGGGCGAGGAGCUGUUCCAGCAGUACGUGCCCGUACGGACCGUCGUCGACGUGCGCAACGCCCAGCUCCGCGAGUCGUGGGGGUUCGAGUGCGCGUGCGAGCUGUGCGCGCGCGAGUCCCGCAGCCCGGAGCACAUGCUGGCCCGGCGCAAGGAGCUGGUCGCCGCCGUCGAGAGGCUGUGCAACAAGAAGGUGCCCGGCCGCGAGCUCGUCCCGGACGCCGCCAUCCGCGCCGUCGACCGCCUGACCCGCCAGCUCGACGACGCCCACGAGCCGGACCUGUACGCGGACGGCAUCCCCCGCCUGACGCUCGUCUACCCCUGCAACUGGCUCGUCGCCGCCCACCGCGGCCGCAAGAACCACGCAAAGGUCGUCCGCUACGCCCUCCAGGUCCUGCGCUGCUUCGGCUUCCGCGCGCCCCGCGAGCCCGCCGACCAGUGGGACCCCCGCGACAUGUACGCCGCCUCGGGCGACGCCACCCUCAUGACCGUCCACGUCGUCGCCACCCUCCGCACCCUCGCCGAGGCCUACGGCGCCCUCGGCCGCGACGACAUGGCCCGGCGCUGCAUCGACGCCGCCAAGCUCGGCUAUACCAUCAUCACCGGCUUCGAGAACGACCUGUCCACCCUGGACAAAUAG